GCGGAAAGUGGAAGAAAAACUUAAUUGAUGUUUUGGAUUAUAUUCCAUCUCUGAAGAUUCAGUGAUAAAAAUAAUUCUUUUAUGAAAGUGUAUAAUUAGUGGAGUGCUAUCAAUAAAAAAUAUCAUUAAUUAUUAACUACUGCAAAUAUUUGAAUUGUAAAUUAGAAAAAAUGACAUUAAGUGGACAUGAAGAAGAGAAAGUUAACAAAUCAGAGUGACAAUAUCUUAAAGAAAGGCUCAAGAAGAAUUAUGUUAUUCAAGUAAAAGCUAUUAGGCAUUGUUUCACAGCUAUCAAUAAAAAUCGAAAAAUUUAUCUACGAAAUAUCAGGGACUACAAAGGCAAAAGUGAUAUAGAACUGGAUAAACCCCCCUUCCUUGGUGAAUAGUGACGCCCCCAAUGACCGCGCCGUUGAUCAAUACGGCGCUCGGAACGACGCCGGUUCAUCGAAUAUCCCCAACAAUUAUUAUGAAGAAUCGCUAAAUUCGAUCAAUUUAUUAAAGUAGAUUACGCCUGAUAAAACCAACAAACCAGCAUAUUGUGGAAAAUUGUUGCAGAAUUGACUCACCCUCAGAAUGGCGAAGAACGGUGAGAGCAAAAUACCCGUUUCACGGGUCCCGCGCCCCUCUUUUUUAUUGAAGCCAAAGAUUAUUACGCCGUCAAAACAUAGUACAGCUAUUUUAAAUGUAACACGUGAUAGAAAAUCAAUUAUUUCUGGAUGUUUUUCACCUCAUGAUUCUGAUGAAACUAUUGUUUUGAGAACACCAAGAACAUGGUCGAUCGAUAAGCAUAUUUACUCUUCAACACCGCCUGAUACAGCAAAACUGCCUGACACUUCAUUUAAAUCAUCUGGGGUAUGGACUGCUGAUAGUAAUGUGCAACAUGAUUUAUCAUCACAACGAAAGGAUGAAAAGUAUUUCAAUAAUUUUUACGAUUCAUCGAGUAUGAUCGAUGAUAUUGGAAGUAGCUGUCUAAUUGACUCAUCAGUGAGUAGUAAUUUUGAUGUUAGUGGAUCAAGUUGCUUGAAUACACCACAGCAGUACCUAGUGUUGAAUAAGCAAAAUUCGUUCGAGCAUGACGAGAGCCUGGGAAUACUGACGCCUGACCAAAUGACCGACUUUACUAUUGCAUUGGGUUGCUCCCGGACCCCUUCAUACGAGAAUCUCACUGGUUCUAGAUUGGCUGGAACCUCUUCAUCAUCGUCACGUGCUUCCAGACCUACCAAUGUUCCAUUUGUGGUUGACGUAGACGCACCGGGUAAUUUUUGUGAACGUUCACCGUCACUGGAAGAAUUACCUCUUGAUGAUUCAAAACCACUUAAUAUAAAACUUUUAAUUGAUGACCAAACCGCUAAUCAAGUUACAACAACAACCGCAGCAACUGCAGGAAUUUCAGGUGUUGCAGUAUCUAAUGCUUCAUUGCCAAUGAGUUUUGUUACUUCGGUAACAAGUAUUACGAGUUUGGAAGCUGGUUAUCAAGGUGACGGUGAAAACUCUCGGCCAGCAAGUCGUGGGCCAGAUCCACCAUUAGUUUUACCAGAUAACUUACCGGCUUCUUGUAGACUACAAGACCCUAUGACUGAUUCAGAUUUUUUUACCGAGAGUGACGCUGAUGCACAUGAAGAUAUUGGCAGAGGCGAUCGUCGUGCCCAAGUUAUUGAUGGUACACUUUUCUGUGCUCCAGCCGGCCGUCGAUGUCCAAGCUUUGCUGGCGAAGAAAUGGACUCAAGUGGAAUAUAUUCAGAUCUUGAUAAGCGACACGACGAACGUUAUAAUCUGGAAGAACCAUUGAGUGAAGAUCACACUCCAGAUACUGCUAAUACUGGUGAUACUCCCGAUACUCAAGUUUCUCCUAAAUCCCGUCUCUCACCGACUCUUAAGCCUGAAGUACCGCAGACUAUCUCCAAUUAUUUACAGGUACCAAAAAGCCCCGAAGACAUGGCAAUAGAAGCGACUCCAGAAAAGAAUGAAAUAACUGUGAUCCAUAUUGUUAAUGAUAGUGCUGAAAGGUCAUCAACGCCUAAAUUAUUAAAUAAAUCAGACCAAACAGGCCUGAAAAAAUAUAAAAUGCCAAAAAAAAAUGUGGCGUCGAAAAUAAAAGCCAUGAUUGAAUGUGGCGUGAAAGAAGAUGUUAAAGAGCAACGUCGUGUUUCAAGGACUCCAAGAAAAAGCGGUCGUUGGGAUGCAGUAAUGAGUAAAAUCGAAGCAGGGAAAACUGAACAGCGAACGAGGCCACCGCGCAAGGAAGUGAAGUCUAGAAUCUUACAAAAUCUUGUAGCAACUUCUUCUUCCUCCUCGUCCUCCUCGUCUACUUCUUCAUCUUCCGCUGUCACCGUGGCUUCCGCUAAGCGCUUGCCCGGUGAUGCGAAUAAUAAUAGCAAUGCUAUUAAAGAUAAAAGGAGAUCAAGAAUACGUCAAAGUAAUGCUUCACCUACCCAAGAAACUGCUCGUAGUUCAGUCCGCAGUUCAAUGAGCGAUAUCAGCAGUGCUACAAGCAAGGGCACAGCAUCGAAACGAUCACCUGGUAAUAUUAAUCAACAGAGAAGAAUUGUUAAUGGCCGAGGUAGUCUUAAACAGAAUACACUCAAUAAUGAUUCGAAAAAAGGCUGCCUCUCUGAUUUAUCGCCUCUCAAUCUUGAUAAAAGCCCAACGCCAAUUCGUAAAUCAUCUUCAAUACGACGAGCAACAACUCUUACUAAUGGUGUGAGCACCAAUGAAAAACAGCAAAAUGGUUCCGGUUUGAUGAAAGAUCGUAUUAUUAAGGAAUUGGCUCCAAGGGCUGCAAGCAUUGAAACUCGUCAUCAAGAAGCACAAACUACCGAUUUCGAUGGUGAUUUAAAACGUGCUGAUGAUUUUAUUCAAGGUUUAUGCAUAACCGUGCAGUAUUUAACCCGACAGUUUGAAGAUCACACAACGAUGACACAAACAAAAUUAUAUAAUUUAAAAAAUGCUUAUGGAAAUUUGGAGGAGACGCUUGAUAAGGAGAGACAAGACCAUGAAAAAGCAAUUGAUGAACUCCGUACUCGUUUGGAAGGAAUUUAUGAAGAACGUAUAAAAGACCUUGAAAGUACAUUGCAAGAAGAACGAGACGAAUUUCAAGUUCAACUUAAAACAUCAUUAGACAAAUUGGCACGAGAACACGAAGUAAUAAUAGAAAGAUUAAAAUCUGAGCAAGAGUUGGAAAUUAAGGCUAAAGAGAAUUAUUGGAGUAGCAAACAAGUAGCUUUAGAGUCAUUAGAUAAGAAAUCAGAAUUAGAAGCACUUAAAAAGGAUUAUGAAUCUUUGAAAUUGAGUUUUAAACCAGCUAUGUCAUUUAAAAAUGGCAUGAUCAAGAAAUUGAAAUCAGAAAUUGAGAAUUUGAAACGACAAGUUAAAGAUAAAAGUAAAUUAGAGAAGCGCGUGAAGGAAUUGGAAUAUCAAAUUGAACGGGAAUCAAAACUAUCUAAAGAUUUAAUUUACGCCGAUAGUUCGCCAUAUGAAAUUGAAAGUACGUCAUUAAGUAGUGAUCAGGUGGCUGUUCUUCGUGCUGAAAUUUGGUCAUUAAGAUCUGUUUUAGAAUUACGCAGUCAAGAAAAUUCCGCAAUGAGAAGUGAGAACGAUAAGUUACGCCGUGACGUUGAGGGCAAAGAAGCUCUUGAGCAGCGCGUUGAAACUUUAGAAGCUAGAUGUGAAGAUUUGAAAGCACAAUUACAAAGUAAGGAAUCUUAUGAACGUCAAAUAGCUCAUGAAAAUGAAAUUUUAUUGGGUUCAUUUCAUGAAAUUUCAAAACAAAACAAACGAGUGACACAAAAAAAUGAAGAACUACAAUGGAGAUUAAGACAAAAAAGUGAAGUAGUGAAUGUUUUGGCUAACCAAUUAGCAACACCAACACAGAGAUUAUCUAGAUCACUCGGUCCAGAGCACAUCGAUCAUUCUAUGUCGGGAGAAAAAAAUUCACCCGCUACCUCAAGUUCUAUGAUUAAAUUUAUGGUCCAUAAAGGUGAUUCAGUGUCAUGGACACUAGAAAUUGAUGAAUCUUGUGAUCCGUUACCAAAUGUUGAUCCAAGACCAGCUGUCUCACGGCAAAAUUCACUCAGAAGAGCUCCAAGAAAAUCGUUGGAUAUCAGAGAGCGAUCUAAAAGUGUCUCUACAUCAGAUGCUGUGACUAAUAAUAGCGAAUGGGCACCUAAUUACAAUUCUACGCCUCUUUGUGCACGCAGGCGACCACGAAGUGACCCCUCGUCUAACGCGAUAGUUGCUAAUCCACCGCUUGUUUCCACUAAUGAGUCUCAUACUGGCCCUAGACCACAAGAAGCCGGUGGUGAAGCUAUGAUUUCUGAAGAAGCUUCUGCUACUAGUAGUGAAGAUGAAUCAUCAGCAAGUAGCGAUAUUCCACGCCUACCCAUGGGCUUUGAUUGGAAUGAUUCGGUUGAAUAAAUAAAUUAGUUAGAAAUAUCUCUUGCACUCGCGACAAUAUCUUCCACCAAUUAGUAAUAACUGGAAUAAUAUUUCAUUAAUAACUUUUUUUUUUUUUUCCAUUUAAGAACUGAAUUUACUAUUUUUUAUUCGUUCAAGUGCAUGUAUUAAUAACUUGAUUUUUUUUUAUUUAAAAAAUACCGCAUAAAACGGGCACCCACUUUUACAAUAAGUUUUUUUUUCACAUUUUGCAUUUUUUUUUCUAUAAAACGAAAUACAAAAGUAAUUAAAAACGAAGUUAUUUUUUUAUCGGGUUUGUAAAUACACAAUGAUAUUUAACGUCAUUAUCAAAAGUUAUGUUUAGUUAUAUUUUAUCUGUAAAUAUCACGUAAUAAUUUUUAUCUUUUAUUAUCGAUUAAUUAUUAUCAUUAAUAUUAAUAUUUGUUAUUAUUUUUAAGUAUAAUUAAAAUUUAAAACAUAAUAAUAAUAUACUAACUAAAAUUAUCUAGAUGUUGCUCGGAAAAAAAGAUAUUUAUACAAAACAGUAAUAUAUAAACUUGUGUCAGCCGUUAUGUUAAAAAAUUUUGUCGAUAAUGUGUAUAUCAGAGAUAAAAGUAAAAUAAACAAAUAAGUAUAUAUAUAUAAAUAUAAAUA